AUGUCGCUACUAGCACGGUACUUGCUUCAAAGGCGAGUAAAACGAUAUAGUAUUCUAUUUGUGCUAUUUUUGGGUUUGUUUAUGUUCAUUGCCAGGCACACACAAAGAAGAAAUGACACAAGCAUAUCUGUUUUUGCAGAAGAAAAGUUUCCCUAUAAUGAAGGGCUUUUACAUUCUGAAGGCAAUUCAGCUUAUACAUUUAUGAGCCAAAAGCUCCAAAGAGUUAGUGAAAACUGGGAUAAAGAUCCGAUCUACAAAAGAAUAUUUUCAAGCGUUGAUUAUGAUUAUAAAAUUUUAAUGCACUGGAAUACAAGCUCAAGACAAGAUAAGUGUAAGUGGCUAAUUAGUUCACUAUAUUCAGAUCCCAACUGGGACAAUCGUGAUAUAUUCGAAUACUCAAAAAAUGGGCAAUAUAACAAUACGUUUAAAGUAGCAGCUGAGAAUUUAAGAAUAUAUAAUUAUUGUUUUCUAAAUGGAAACAUUAAUCCUUUACAGUUUUUUGAUGACUUGAGUAUACCAUUCACAGAUGCCUACGAUUUCCAAAAAAGGAUGGUAAUAUUUUUAAGGAAGACUUCUUCUGAUGAUGAGGCAUAUUUAUAUCCAUUGAUCAAAAACGUCCGUAAUGGUGAAAUAAUUGCCAAACCGCCAACAAAACUAUCUCCAAGAGAGUACAAUUCAAACUUCAUGGGCCAUUGGAAGCGAGAAUCAAAGGGAAAGGGUAUCACACUAACCAUAGCACCCGGUGAUAUUAAACUUCUGCGAUCUUUAUUUAAAGUUCUCCAAAGGCAAGGGAAUGAAUAUCCUGUGCAAAUAAUUCAAAAGGGGGGUGAAAUGACACCUAAAAUGGAAUCGCUUAUAAAAAAAUACGCGUUAGAAACAGAGCAAGAUGUAUAUAUAAUUGACCUAGCUCCAAUCCUAGAUCCCGCUUUUGCUAUCCAGAGAAUUACAAAAUUUCAAAAUAAAUGGUUUGCAUCUAUGUUUAAUACUUUUGAAGAAGCUUUACUACUAGAUGCCGAUGUUGUUCUUUACACUGAACCGGAACACUUUUUUAAAAUGAAAGGCUAUCAAGAUACAGGGCUCUUGUUAUGGAGAGAUAGAGAGUUGACUGCACUAGAGACACCAGAUAGAUGUGCAGCGCUAGCUCCCCAUUUAGAACCCUCUGUAGAGGAAUAUAGCUUGCUAGGCACUAGACAGAAAUAUAGACUAACAGAAUCAUCCUUAAAGAUUCACAAUGAACCAGAAGCAAGAACGCUUUAUGAAUAUUUCCAUAAAAAGAUUGUAACGAUCAUUGAUAGUGGCGUUGUAGUGUAUAACAAAAGGCAAAAGCUACAUGCUCUCAUGACUGCCGAAUACUUCCAUAUCAGUCGUAAGUUUGCAGGCUGUGUCUACGGUGACAAGGAAUAUUUUGAAUUUGGUGCUUUUGCUGCAGGAGAAGAUUACCACAUAGAAAAAGAUAAGGCUUCUGCGAUUGGAUCAAUAGAAUAUCAUUCCGCUAAAGAUAAGUAUUACAUAUGUUCCGCACAGAUGGGACAUGCUGAUGAAAAUAAUAAUUUGUUGUGGUCAAAUGGAGGAUUAAUGAACUGUAAAGCAAAUUCUGCAGCUGAUGAUUUUAAUGAAAAUCCGAAGUACUUCAAAGCUAAGUAUGGAGAUGUUAAGACACUCGAAGCCCAUUAUAGCAAGCCAAUAGAUAUUCAAGGUUUUAUUAUACCAGAUAUAAGCAAGCAUAAUUGGAUUCAAUAUCCAGAGUGUAAACGCUAUGUUUAUUGUGCUUUCGUUGCCGAUCCUCCAGUAGAUAGCAAUACCGGAAAGCUUGUCAGAUUCAGCAGAAAGAACAGGCAAAUAUAUAAGGAUAUUGCCAGUGUGUGGUUUGAAGGCACUUCAUAUUCAUAA